GUCGGCUACUUGAAACUUUUGUGAUUAACAGUCGUGGUGGCACCUUGACAACAUUACGAAGGCAUUGCGAGCUCUCUGUUGCUCAAAAUGCGGGCUCAAGCACUGCGGGCAAGUCAGGCAGCGCCUUUGAGGCCUAUCUCUGCCCACCUUCGAUGCUCCCAACCCGCACUGCGAAGAUGUCUCGCCACGAGUUCCAGCCUUCCCUCGCACAGAGUAGACCUUGCGUCAAGGACGCCGCCCUAUAAGAAGCUGGCCCACAAGCUUGAGGAGGUCAGGAAGAUCCUAGGUCCUGGGAGACAGUUGACGCUUGCGGAGAAGAUCCUGUACUCACACCUCGACAAUCCGGAGGACUCGUUGUUGUCCAAUACGAAUAAUGGAAGGGAUAUUCGGGGAAACGCAAAUCUUAAGCUCAAGCCCGAUCGGGUUGCUAUGCAGGACGCGUCCGCGCAGAUGGCCCUGCUGCAGUUCAUGUCGUGUGGGCUUCCCUCGACCGCCGUUCCUGCAAGUAUCCACUGCGAUCAUAUGAUUGUUGGGCAAAAGGGUGAACAGGCGGAUUUACCGAGCUCCAUUGCGGGGAAUAAGGAGGUGUUUGACUUUUUGGAGUCGGCAGCGAAGAAGUAUGGUAUUGAGUUUUGGCCACCUGGUGCGGGUAUCAUUCAUCAGACUGUGUUGGAGAAUUACUCGGCGCCAGGAUUGAUGAUGCUCGGAACGGACAGCCACACGCCUAACGCCGGUGGUUUGGGGGCAAUUGCGAUUGGUGUGGGUGGUGCGGACGCGGUCGAUGCGUUGGUGGAUGCACCAUGGGAGUUGAAGGCACCUAAGAUUCUGGGUGUUGAGCUCAUUGGCGAACUGAGCGGCUGGGCCUCUCCCAAGGAUAUCAUUCUGUAUCUUGCGGGUCAGCUUACAGUGAGGGGUGGAACUGGAUACAUCAUCGAGUACUACGGCCCAGGCGUACAGUCUUUGAGCUGCACUGGCAUGGCAACGUGCUGCAAUAUGGGCGCUGAAGUGGGUGCGACGACAUCACUGUUCCCCUUUUCCCCGGCUCACGUCCCCUACCUCCAAGCAACGCACCGUGGCCCUAUUGCUGAGGCCGCUUCCAAGAUUGCCUCUGGGCCAAUGGCUCAAAAUUUGCUGCGCGCCGACCCUGAAGCUGCCUAUGACAAGGUCAUCAGGAUCGACCUCUCCAGACUCGAGCCCCACAUCAACGGCCCCUUCACGCCCGACCUCUCUACCCCUAUCUCCAAGUUUAAAGAUAUCGUUGAGGAGAAGGGGUGGCCGAAGGCUUUCGGUGCCGGUUUGAUUGGUAGCUGCACCAACAGUUCAUACCAGGACAUGACCCGCGCUGAAGAGGUGGUCAAGCAGGCGUCCGCCGCGGGCCUCAAACCCAAGGCAGAUUUCUUCAUCACGCCCGGUAGUGAACAGAUUCGUGCAACCCUGGAUCGAGAUCAAACUCUGUCGACGUUCUCUGCCGCCGGCGGAACCGUGCUGUCAAAUGCUUGCGGUCCCUGCAUUGGCAUGUGGGACAGAAAAGAUGCGCCACCAAAGGGUGAGGCAAAUGCCAUCUUUACAUCGUACAAUCGCAACUUCCCCGGCCGGAACGAUGGAAAUCGUGCAACCAUGAACUUCCUCGCCUCCCCUGAAUUGAUCACUGCGAUGGUAUACUCCGGAUCCACUACCUUCAAUCCUGCCACCGACUCGAUUGACACGCCAAAUGGUCCCUUCAAAUUCACACCUCCGAAAGGCUCGGAUCUUCCAUCCGCUGGUUUCGCGGAGGGCCGGCCUGAAUUCUUCGCCACUCCCGGCGUGCCUGACCCUACUGUGGAAGUAGUCGUCGACCCCAGAUCUACACGUCUUGCCCUCCUCGAACCCUUCGCUCCCUUCCCCAACUCCGAACUCAACUCCCUCCGCGUCCUCUACAAAGUCAAAGGCCAAUGCACAACUGACACCAUCUCCGCGGCAGGACCCUGGCUGAAGUACAAGGGUCAUCUUCCCAACAUCUCCGAGAACACGCUCAUCGGCGCCGUGAACGCGCAGACGGGUGAAGUUAACGUUGCUUACGAUGUCGAUGGCACCAAGUCCGGGAUUCCCGAACUGGCGAAGCGGUGGAAGGAGAAGGGUCAGGAAUGGCUCGUUGUUGCCGAGCAUAACUAUGGGGAGGGCUCAGCACGCGAGCAUGCUGCGUUACAGCCCCGUUAUCUCGGCGGACGCAUCAUUCUCGCCAAGUCGUUUGCUCGUAUCCACGAGACUAACUUGAAGAAGCAGGGUAUCGUGCCCUUGACCUUUGCCAACGAAGCGGAUUACGAUCUUUUCGAAGCCUGUGAUGAGGUUGCUACGAGGGGUCUGCUGGAUGUAUUGAGGAGUGGAGGGAAGGGUGAGGUCGAUCUUGUGCUGAAGAAGAAGAGCGGGGAGGAGGAGGUUAUCAAGACGAAGCAUACGCUAAGUGAAGAUCAAUGUGGAUUUAUACUCGCGGGAAGUGCAUUGAAUCUGUUGGCGAGGAAGGGGAAGGAGGGGCUCGAGGAGAUUACGAGGCAGAGUGAGCUGUCUCUCUAAGCUGAGGGAUGACUGUCAAGGGAGGACUUUGGUGUAGACGGCGCGUUAAGGGCUUGUAUUAUAUUGCAUAGCCCAGUGAAGGGCAUCCUGAUACCUUACCAAAUUAUGAUUCUGACUUCCUUCCUCGAUGCCGGACCUUGGCCGAUGGAGAUGGUUGUGGGACAUGUCGAAGCGCGAUCCCACGUGGUAUGGGUCGCCAGCCCUUUGGGAUUUGGAGAAAACGACAUGGAGCGGAGCUCGGUCUCACUUACACCGAGCAGGAUCAUUUGUAUCAUAGAGUAUGGGUGGCGCCAUGCCCAAUCUAUCAGGUAUAUUAGCAGCCC